AUGGACAAACACACAACACGAACACAACUUUCACAAAAAGAAGAAGAAACAAAUAAUUAUAAAUUUCCGAAUGACAUUAUUUAUGAAAUUAUGUCCUUCCUUGAUGAUUUUAAAUUUAUUGUCAUGAAUUGUGCAUUAGUGUCCAAACAGUGGUUCAAUGUUAUUUUAUCAACAUGUAAUCAUCUUAAUUUAAAUUGUAAACGUGGUGUUGAAAUGGGUGGCCAGUUUUUACAGAAUAUUGCAAUUCUUGAUGUUUGUGCCACGAAUGAUACUUGCAAAAAAUUAAUCUCGAUGAAAUCAUUAACUGAACUAAUAAUUAAAUGUGAUGAUGAAGGAUCAGCUAAAUUCAUAAGCGAAUUGAAACAAUUAACGAGGCUUACUAUUGAUGCCAGUCAUAUUCGUGAUGAGGGAGUUAGAUAUAUUAGUGAAUUGAAACAAUUGGCCUACCUUAGUGUUCAUAGCAAUGAUAUUUCUGAUGAUGGAGUUAAAUAUCUAAGAGAAUUGAAACAAUUGACCACUCUUAUUAUUUUUAGCAAUCGUGUUGGUAGUGAAGGAUGUAAAUGUAUUAGUGAAUUGAAACAAUUGACCUCUCUUUGUAUUGAUGAUAAUCAUAUUAAUGAUGAAGGAGCAAACAAUCGUGUUGGUAGUGAAGGAUGUAAAUGUAUUAGUGAAUUGAAACAAUUGACCUCUCUUUGUAUUGAUGAUAAUCAUAUUAAUGAUGAAGGAGCAAAGUAUUUAAGUGAAUUAGCACAAUUAACAUAUCUUGAUAUUUCAAGCAAUGGGCUUGGUAAUGAAGGAACUAAAUACAUUAGCACAUUGAAUCAAUUGGAAAAACUUAAUAUUUCCCAAAAUUAUAUUGGUGAUGAAGGACUCGAAUAUUUUGGUAAAUUGUCACAAUUGACAAGUCUUGAACUUUCUAACAAUAAGAUUGGUACUGAAGGAGCUAAAUAUUUAAGUGAAUUGAAACAAUUAACCCAACUUGAUAUUGAAUAUAAUAAGAUUGGUGAUAAGGGGGCAAUGUAUUUUGGAGAAUUGAAACAAUUGGUCAAUCUAAUAAUUAAUAACAAUAGGAUUGGUAAUGAUGGAGUUAAAUAUAUUGGUGAAUUAAAACAAUUAAUCUAUCUUGAUAUUUCUGAGAAUCGCAUUGGCAAUGAAGGAAUUAAAUAUAUUGGUGAAUUGAAACAAUUAACCGAUGUUAAUAUUUCUGAGAAUCGCAUUGGUAAUGAAGGAGCUAAAUAUAUUGGUCAAUUAUCACAAUUGACAAGUCUUUAUUUAUCUAACAAUAAUAUUGGUAAUGAAGGAGCUAAAUAUAUAAGUGAAUUGAAGGAAUUGAUCUAUCUUUAUAUGAAUAACAAUAAGAUUCGUAAUGAGGGAGCUAAAUACAUAAGUGAAAUGAAACAAGUAACCCAACUUGAUAUUGGCAACAAUUAUAUUGGCGAAGAAGGAAUAAAAUACAUAAGUGAAAUGAAACAAUUAAUACAUCUUGAAAAAUACCAAUAUAAUGAAGAAAUGUACAAUGAAAAUGAAGAGGAGUAUAAUGAAAAUGAAGAAGAAUACACUGACAAUGAGGAGGAGGAGUACUAA